GCAGAGGGGAGACGCUGCGUUCCGCCAGCUUUCUACCAAAACCCAGAGACGCGCAAAAGGGGAACUUUUCCAUCUCGCUCGCUUUUCUUGGAGGAUUUUAAAGCACUUUUUUAUUAUUAUUAUUAUCGGCAUUAUUACUAUUAUUAUUCGAUCGGGUCGUAGAGGAGAGUGAGACCAAAACAUUUCGGGUUAUUUUGGAGAAAGAACAAUGUCAGCGACCUUCCCCGGACUUGUCCACGACGCAGAGAUACGUCACGACGGUUCAAACAGCUACCGGCUCAUGCAGCUCGGUUGUCUGGAGUCGGUGGCCAACUCCUCGGUCGCCUACUCCUCCUCGUCGCCGCUCACCUACCCGGCGCCGGCGGGGACGGAGUUCGCCUCGCCCUACUUCUCGGCCAACCACCAGUACACGCCCCUGCACCACCAGUCCUUCCACUACGAGUUCCAGCACUCCCACCCGGCCGUGGCCCCGGAGGCCUACGGGCUGAACUCGCUGCACUCCGGCCAGUACUACCAGCAGAUCCACCACGGGGAGCCCGCCGACUUCAUCAACCUGCACAACGCGCGCUCGGCCCUCAAGUCCUCGUGCCUGGACGAGCAGCAGCGGCGCGAGCUGGGCUGCCUCGACGCUUACCGGCGCCAUGACUUGUCGCUGAUGACGUCACACGGCUCGCAAGCCUACGGCGUCGGCAUGCACCACCCGGACCAGAGGCUGCUGCCCGCCGCCGGCCUGGGCCUCCCUCCUCCGGCGGCAGACGACCUGCAGGGCUCCGUGGAGGCGCAGUGUGGGCUCGUACUGAACGGCCAAGGGGGCGUCAUCCGGAGAGGGGGGACGUGCGUGGUGAACCCCACCGACCUGUUCUGCUCCGUACCGGGUCGCCUCUCGCUGCUCAGCUCCACCUCCAAGUACAAAGUCACCAUCGCCGAGGUGAAGAGACGACUUUCGCCGCCAGAGUGCCUCAACGCCUCCCUGCUGGGCGGCAUCCUGCGCAGAGCAAAGUCCAAGAACGGCGGCCGGUGUCUUCGUGAGAAACUCGAUCGUUUAGGCCUCAACCUGCCGGCGGGACGGAGGAAAGCUGCCAACGUCACGCUGCUCACCUCCCUGGUGGAAGGUGAGGCGCUCCACCUGGCGAGGGACUUCGGCUACACCUGUGAGACCGAGUUUCCCAGCAAGGCGGUGGGGGAACAUUUGGCGAGGCAGCACAGCGAGCCGAAAGAGACCAACGCUCGCAAGAAGAUGGUUCUGGCAACAAAGCAAAUCUGCAAGGAGUUCCAGGACCUGCUGAGCCAGGACCGCUCUCCUCUGGGCUCCUCCAGGCCGACCCCCAUCCUGGACCUGGACAUCCAGAGACACCUCACACACUUCAGCCUGAUCACUCACGGCUUCGGCACGCCGGCGGUCUGCGCGGCGCUCAGCACCUUCCAGACGGUCCUCAGCGAGAUGCUCAACUACCUGGACAAAAACUCGAGCGGCAAAACGAGCGGGCCAAACGAGCAACAGAUCAACAGCAGCUCGGAAAAGACGCAGCUCCGGAAAACAGCCGAAUCCCAGAACAAAGACGGGAAGUCAGAAAAGACUGAGUAGCAUCUCUUACCCCCCAACACUCACACACCUGGUUGCCGUGCCUUGGAGCGCUGAAUCUUAGGAGUGUAUCUGUGUGUGUGUGUGUGUGUGUGUGUGUGUUUGUGUGGGGGUGUGUGGGGUGUGUGUGUGUGUGUGUGUGUGUGUGUGUGACUCCCACACAUUUUGAAUGACUUCUUAAGUAAAUAUUUAUUUCUAUUUAUUUAUCUUAUGUGGAAGUCUAACACUAAUUUAAGUUUCCCGAAUAUAGAACGUGAGACUCAUAUGACAUAAUAUUACAAAGUAUUUUUGGUCUAGUUUCUAGUGCAAAUAACUAAAUACAUUUUAAAUAGGACAAAACUAAUUUAAGAAUAACUUAUUUUGUUUU